GCGUCACUUAGUAGCCUCGACAUUAACCGCGCUCUCAGCCCUUUCCGGUCCUACUCCUUGGAGAACCUUCCUGCACCUCCAAGAACUUGCCGAUAGGGUCUGCGGCGGUCCGGACAAGGUCACUCCACAGGCGCCCAGGACCUUCCCAUCCGUAGUGACGCGCGCCGGUGACGCCAUACAGUGACGUGCGGUGACGCGACUUACCCCGGAGCCAGGUGCUGGCAGGGCAGCCACACCCUGGGGCCUCCUGCUCUGAAGGGGCAGCGGGUAGAGCCGGUGCGGAAAAGCCGCCAAAGCCGCCUCAGGCGACUUUCGAGGCCUGCACUCCGGGACCCAGCAGCCCGCGAUCGAUCGGUUGCUAAGUGACGCCACCGCGCAGUGGCGCGUGCGCGGCCACGGCGGAGUGCGUGAAAGCGGACGCGCGCCGCGGCAGCCGGGGCGGCGGCGAGGACGGCGGCCACGGCAGCGGCGAAGGGGGCGGUGGCGAAGAGGAGGGUGCGGAGCGGGCGGAAGAGGCGUCUGUGCCGGCUGCUAGGUCGCAGAGGAACAUCGUUGGGAUCAGCGACUAUCAUCUGCUCCACAAGAUGAGUAACAGCCACCCUCUUCGCCCCUUCACUGCAGUGGGGGAAAUUGAUCAUGUGCACAUUUUGUCUGAACAUAUUGGUGCCUUGUUGAUUGGGGAAGAAUAUGGCGACGUCACAUUUGUUGUGGAAAAGAAACGUUUUCCUGCCCACAGGGUAAUUUUAGCAGCCAGGUGCCAAUAUUUUCGAGCAUUAUUGUAUGGUGGAAUGCGAGAGUCUCAGCCUGAAGCAGAAAUUCCUCUCCAAGACACCACUGCAGAAGCAUUCACAAUGCUACUCAAAUAUAUCUACACUGGGCGGGCAACGCUGACAGAUGAGAAGGAGGAGGUGCUGCUGGACUUUUUGAGCCUGGCUCAUAAAUAUGGAUUUCCAGAGCUAGAGGAUUCUACCUCUGAGUAUCUCUGUACCAUACUGAACAUUCAGAAUGUCUGCAUGACUUUUGAUGUUGCCAGUCUCUACUCACUUCCCAAGUUAACUUGUAUGUGCUGCAUGUUUAUGGACAGGAAUGCUCAGGAGGUGCUCUCAAGUGAAGGUUUCCUCUCCCUUUCUAAGACAGCACUUUUAAACAUCGUGUUAAGAGAUUCAUUUGCAGCUCCCGAAAAAGAUAUUUUCCUAGCCUUAUUAAACUGGUGUAAGCACAAUUCAAAGGAGAAUCAUGCUGAAAUCAUGCAGGCUGUACGUUUACCUCUCAUGAGCCUCACAGAGCUUCUGAAUGUUGUGAGGCCUUCGGGACUGUUGUCUCCUGAUGCCAUCCUGGAUGCCAUUAAAGUGCGAUCUGAGAGCCGGGAUAUGGACCUCAAUUAUAGAGGCAUGCUCAUACCAGAAGAAAACAUUGCAACUAUGAAGUAUGGAGCCCAAGUUGUAAAGGGGGAGCUGAAAUCAGCCUUAUUAGAUGGUGAUACUCAAAAUUAUGAUUUGGAUCAUGGAUUUUCAAGGCACCCAAUUGAUGAUGACUGCCGUUCUGGCAUCGAGAUUAAGCUAGGUCAGCCGUCCAUUAUCAAUCACGUACGGAUACUCCUAUGGGACCGAGAUAGUCGGUCUUAUUCAUACUUCAUUGAAGUGUCAAUGGAUGAACUUGACUGGGUUAGAGUGAUAGACCAUUCCCAGUAUCUGUGUCGUUCUUGGCAGAAAUUAUAUUUUCCAGCCCGUGUCUGCAGGUAUAUUCGAAUUGUUGGGACUCACAACACAGUGAACAAGAUUUUUCACAUUGUGGCUUUUGAAUGUAUGUUUACAAACAAAACCUUCACUCUUGAGAAGGGGCUGAUAGUUCCCAUGGAGAAUGUUGCAACAAUUGCUGAUUGUGCCAGCGUGAUUGAAGGAGUCAGUCGGAGCCGAAAUGCCUUGCUGAAUGGGGACACUAAGAAUUAUGAUUGGGAUUCUGGCUACACAUGUCACCAGCUAGGAAGUGGUGCGAUUGUGGUUCAACUAGCACAGCCAUACAUGAUUGGGUCAAUACGGUUACUACUGUGGGAUUGUGAUGAUCGAAGCUAUAGCUACUACGUUGAGGUUUCUACCAACCAGCAACAGUGGACCAUGGUUGCUGACAGAACUAAAGUCUCCUGCAAGUCCUGGCAGUCAGUGAGUUUUGAAAGGCAGCCUGCCUCCUUCAUCCGUAUCGUUGGGACACACAACACAGCAAAUGAGGAGUGUGGUGCGCUUCUGACUGUGCAGCAUCGUCGAGCGUGUUCCUGACAAGAGCGAACGUCUGUAUCGAGCAGGUACUGAUGAGAAUCAAGUCUUCCUGGUUUACGUUCACACACCUGCUGGCGGGAAGAAUUUUCCACAGACUUCUGGCUCCAACAUAUCAAGCCUCAUCUCUCCUCCACAAUCUGUACUCCCUGUUCCAGGUCCCGAAGGACACGUUCCUAACACAAUACAACCGUGGCCUUGCUCCUUCUGGUUACGACACCAGGUGUCAGGCAGUGGACAAGAAGCAUGUUCUUGAAGCCAGCCCUACCCCAGGAUGACUGGCAAUGACCUACUAAAUGCAGAAGUGACUGUGAACCGCACAAGUGUAUCCCACUAAACCUCAAACGAAUCGUGUCCCUAACUCUGCUUACUCUUAGCCAGAUCCCAAAAGUAUCAUGUGGCCUCGACAUCACCCAACAGAAGAGGAAGUAUGAAGGAAGGGAAGUUAGAAUGGAAGGAGGGAACAGUUUUAACCAACUGCAGUUCAAGUCUCUCACUUCUGCAAAUUUUAUAAAAUCUUGGGAGCAUGCAAACACACUGCCGAGGCCCAAUCGCGAGUGAGGGGCCUCAAGCUAAGGCUUUGUCUCCCGGUAAAUCCACGCCAGUGCCCCACCAAACUGUUGCUACCCCCUCACCCAACCUCACUCAUUCCUUGCGACCCUGCUCCGUAUGUCCCUGAGAACACACAGCAGAAGGAUCCCACUCCCGCUUGCUGGCCCUGUGCCCACACCUGCCAUCCUGUGCUCUACGCCCCAUCGUGGCAUCGAUCCCAAAUUUCCCCCUCGCUACGGGAUCAUUCCAACAGCAUCAAAACAUGCAGCGACUUCUCCUUAUUCAAAAAUAAACUCCCUCGCCCCCACAUCCACUCUCCUGCCCGUUUGCUUCCAUUGUAGCAAAACUGCUUAAAGAAGAGGUCCAGCUGGGCGGCCUUCCCAGUCUCCCUCCCCAGGAAUCGGUCCCCAGCGCCGGGACGGUUGGGGCCUGGGUAGCAGCUCACGGAAGUGGCCACUCCCUGCUCCUCGAAGUGCUCCUUUCCCCGCCUGGCUUCUGGGACUUCCGUCUUUCUGUCUCUUCCUGCUUUGCUGGCAGCUCCUUCUCGGUCUCCUCUGCAGGUUCUUCCAGCUCCCUGGAUGGCAUCCCCAGGCACAGCCUCCAUCUGUUUCUUCUACAUUUACACUCUCUUCUUUGGUGUCCUUGGCCCAGCUUGUGGCUUUAAAUACUAGCUGUAUACAGGUGACUCGAAACUCUGUAUCUCAUUUGUACACCGACAUCCACAGCAGCCUCAUUCACAGUAACCACCAUACGGAAGCAGUCCCAGUGCCCACUGACAGAGGGCCGGACAAGCACGUGUGUUCCAUCAUACGGGGCAGGAGCGUCCGCCUUAAGACAGACACGGACACAUCUACCACGUGGAUGAGCCCAGAGGACAUCGUGUUGGGUGAAAUCAGCCAGACACAAACAGACGAGUACUAUGUGAUUCCCCUUCCAGUUCUGGAGAUGGACACGGGCGAUAGUUGCACCACACUAUGAGACUGAAUAAUACUAAACUGUACACUUAAAGAUGGUUCAGAUGGCAAACUGCAUGUUCUGUAUGUUUUACUACCAUAAAAAUUAUUGGGGAAAAAAUGCCCAUCUCCAGCCAGGACCUCUCCACUGAGCCCUGGAACUGUAUCCAGGCACCACCCCCAACCCCCGGCCCCGCCACACACACACACACACACACUCUCACACACACACACACACUUCUAGCUGGGUGUCUUGUCUACACCUCAGCAGUCUGCUCUCAUCCCACCCCCUUCACACGCCUGCCCGUCAUUCAUUAACGGCAUAUCUGUCUUUCCAGUGGCUCACACUCCAAACUAGAAACUGCCCACAGUUCCUCUCUUCUCUCACCCACACCCAGCCUGUCAGUGACUCCUGCUAUCUCCACCCUCAAAAAUCAGUCCAGGAUGCGGCUCUUCUCGCCACCUCCCUGCACUGAACCUUCCUGCUGGUCUCUCGGACCAGCCAGCCGGUCCUCUGGUCUGCAUCCUCCCUCGCUCCCUGCAGGCUGUUCCUGGCACAGUGGCAGCCUGACUGAACCCCCAGGCGGCAGGCAGGGCCCUCCAUGCCCAUCACAGAGAAAGGCCCUCAGAGCCUAUGCUUCUCUCCCUGCUCCCUUCCUGCUGCGUACCGUGUAUGCCUGCCACCCCCCUAAUAUUCUUUGCACUGCCCUUAUUUUGUGCUCUCUGGCUGUAGGCUGUAGUUUGGGUCACCACCAUAUCCCCAGUGCCUGGGACGCAGCCUGGCAUAUAGCAGGUGUUGAAUGAAGGUCACCCUAGCCAGUGGGCUGUGGGCUGGAAGAUGCCCCUAAUGGGGCUCCCACAGUGCAGAUCCAGAGCUUUACCUCGGGGUCUAUGUCUUGGUCCCCACCCCACCCUCAAACUUGGGGACCUUGUCACACAGAGCGGAUCCCUCUCCUCCUAGUUUGGGACUCCCUCCUCUUCAGCUCCUCCUGGUACUUGGUGGGCGUGGGCCUGAGGACUCCAGAGACACUCCCUGUCAGCGAGUUCUCCCAUCGAACCCUGUGACGUGUCCCCCAGGCCCCUUCAGCUACACUCUUCACUGCAAGGAUUGGUGGGGCUGCCUGGAAGAGGCGGCCAGGAGGGGAGCCCUAGGUGUGGGGUCCUUCCAGGUCAAAAACUCAAAAGGCCUUUUAUUAGGUCCCGGGUCUGGGGGGCUCUCAUUUGCCAACAAUUCGAUCACCUAACCCUGUGCGAUGCCCCAGAGGGUGUGCAGUGGGAGGGCCAGGCCUGGGCCCAGCACGUACUCAGUGUCGCCCACCCUCCUACUCCAGGCACUUUUUCCAUCCCAGACUCUCCAGUGACAGGCAGGAAACACUCUUCUGUUUCUGUGUGAAUUUGGGCACAGCACUUAAGCCAAGGAAAAGGUGACGUUCCAUGCAUCUGCCCAGCCAGACAUCUGGGUUGCUGGACGUCAUACCACAGAAGCCUGGAGACAGGAGCUUCCGGGCUGACCUGAUGAAGGGAGUGAAUCUGACUGCUCUAGGUGCCUCCAAGUGGAAUCACAUGGGAUCGAGGGAGAGUUGUUCGGGUGUUUGGCACACAGUAGGUGCUCAAUGAACCAGGGUAACUUUUCCCAAGGUGUGCUGAUUAAGAAAAGGUUUCUUGGUAACAAAUAAGCUUGGUGGUGCCAGAGCCACCUUUCCCAGGGUUUUUAAAUUAAAAAAAGAACAAAUAUACAUAUAUAU